AUGGUUAGUGAGCUGUUGAAUGAUAGUAGGGACGGCUGGUAUGAGAAUAGGGUCAAGGAGCUUUAUGGCGACUACUUAGGGGACCAAAUUUGUAAAAUUUCCGUUAUUCAUAAUGGACCGAAUGACAAACUUAUUUGGUUCUCUAACUCUAAUGGCUCUUUUACGACUAAAUCUGGCUAUUCGUGGUUGACCCUCAAGCACAUCGGGUAUGGUCCUCAUCAGGUGUUCUGGCGGCUUACGUGGAAGCUUCAAACGCUCCCAAAGAUCAGGAUUUUCUGCUCGCGCCUGGGUCACGAGAUCUUCCCUACGAACGAAAAGAUAGCUAGUAUUCAGAGUGGUUUUGAUAGUUCUUGCCCGAGGUGUGGUUUGGAGAAGGAGACUUUGAUUCAUGCCUUAAAAAAAUUCCCGAUGGCUCGGGCGGUGUUAGUGCACAGAGGUCUUAACAAUAACCUGUUUGAGGGUGAUUAUAAUCGGUGUUGCGAUGGGAUUGAAGGAACAGUACAACUGCUAAAUAAGAAGGCUCUGUCAUAUUUUAUUACCGUUCUGUGGAAUAUUUGGAAUGGUAGGAAUAACCGUAUUUUUCGUGGUGUGGAAGAGGAGGCCAAGACGACUUGGGAGAGACCUGCUUCGUUGAGCCACGAUUUCCGUAUCUUUAACCUGCUGGAAAAUCCUAUGUUGCCGCGAAAGUUAGAGGAUAAAGCCUGA